UCAAGCUGUAGAGUUGCAAUGGAUUUUAAAUAAACAUUUCACCCCUAUCGUCCCUGCCAGACUGCCGGGGAGCACGCAGGAGAUACCUGACCCACUGCCACCCAAAAUAAAUACACAGCUGCCCUUUCUGCUUGCUCCCUCUAUUGCCUCUUUCACCCCAUGAGUGAAAGCUGGAGCAUGCAGGAGGCUGGCUGCAGGCAGAUGAAGAAAGUGGCACCUUUAUGACCAAUCCUUUCUCCAUGGAUUUGAAGGAAAGCACCAGCGAAGGCAGUCUGGGGAGCCUCCAGCCCUCUAGCCUCCAGAUAUUUGCCAACACCUCAACCCUACAUGGAAUCCGCCACAUCUUUGUCUAUGGACCAAUGACUGUUCGGCGGGCCUUAUGGGCUUUGGUAUUUGUGGCUUCCCUGGGCAUCCUCCUGGUGGAGAGUUCCGAACGGGUGGUCUACUACUUCUCCUACCAGCAUGUCACCAAGGUGGAUGAGGUCGUUGCCAACAACCUGGUCUUCCCUGCUGUCACCAUCUGCAAUCUGAAUGGGUUCCGCUUCUCCCGCCUCACAACCAAUGAUUUGUACCAUGCAGGUGACCUUCUGGCCUUGUUGGACGUCAACCUUCAGAUCCUUCAUCCCCAUCUUGCUGACCCGGCAGUCCUGGCCAUCCUCCAAGAGAAAACUAACUUUCAGCACCACCGAGCCAAAGUCUUCAGCAUGAGUGAGUUCCUGGGACGUGUGGGCCAUGACAUCAAAGAGAUGUUGCUAUAUUGCAAAUUCCGAGGCCAAGAGUGCAGCCACAAGAACUUCACAACUGUGUUUACGAAAUAUGGGAAGUGCUACAUGUUUAACUCAGGCGAAGAUGGGCAUCCUCUGUUGACCACAUUCAAGGGUGGGACAGGCAAUGGCUUGGAGAUAAUGCUGGACAUUCAGCAGGAUGAAUACUUGCCAAUAUGGGGAGAAACAGACGAAACAACAUUUGAAGCGGGAGUCAAAGUCCAGAUCCACAGUCAGUCUGAGCCACCCUUUGUUCAGGAGCUUGGGUUUGGUGUGGCACCCGGGUUCCAAACUUUUGUAGCCACACAAGAGCAAAGGCUGACUUACCUUCCGCCUCCGUGGGGCGAGUGCCGCUCAUCAGACUUUGGGCUGGACUUCUUUCCUGUUUACAGCAUCACUGCAUGCAGGAUUGACUGUGAGACCCGCUAUGUGGUGGAGAACUGCAAUUGCAAAAUGGUCCACAUGCCAGGAGAUGCUCCUUUCUGCACACCAGAGCAGUAUAAAGAGUGUGCAGAGCCAGCACUAGUGGUUCUCGGUGAAAAGGACAGUGGUUACUGUGUGUGUCAAAUGCCAUGCAACUUGACACGCUACAACAAGGAACUCUCCAUGGUCAAGAUCCCCAGCAAGACUUCAGCCAAGUAUCUUGAGAAAAAGUUUAACAAGUCUGAGAAAUAUAUCUCGGAGAAUAUCCUUGUACUGGAUAUAUUCUUUGAAGCUCUCAACUAUGAGACCAUUGAGCAGAAGAAAGCAUAUGAAGUGGCAGCCUUACUUGGUGAUAUUGGAGGUCAGAUGGGCCUUUUUAUUGGUGCUAGUAUCCUCACCAUUCUGGAAAUAUUUGACUAUAUCUACGAGCUACUCAAGGAGAAAUUGUUAGACCUUCUUGGCCAGGAGGAGGAGGAAGGAAGCCACGAUGAAAAUGUGAGCACAUGCGAACCCUUGCCCAACCACUCAGAUCCCAUCAGCCACACUGUGACAGUCCCCCUGCAGACUACACUUGGCACGUUGGAAGAGAUUGCGUGCUGACAACAUUCUCUGGACAAUACCACAAAUGGCCAGACAGCAGAAACUGUACCCCAGGAGUCAGGGAAUCGACACCCAGGUUCCCUGCCAUGGGAUGGGGGUAAUGGCUGAGGAAUCCGCUAUGCAUCCAACUCUUCUCUUUCUCUCUCUUCUUGCCAAACUACAGCAAGAGACGCCUGGGACUCAAACGGCCCCAACCUGUUCAUGGAGGGAUGGUGGGGAGGAGGAGGAGGGUGGGUAAGAACCUCAAGCAGCAGACACGGGUUUUUGAACUGUACAAAUCCAGUGACCAAGGAACCAUAAUUUCACAUAGACUGCCAACAACUGUACAGAAGACUCCUGCAUGCCAGUCCUUUUGAUGGCAAUAUCUCACUCUUUUUUUUCUUUACAAGCUGUGUCUCUGUCUUAACCGCCAUUUACUUUUUUUCCACAACAAAAGAGGAGGCCACGACACACAUGUCUACCCUCCACCUGCAGAAACAAAACAAGAUCACAGUAACUUAACAACACAACAGGCUGAAUUAGAAACAAGCCAAGGUCCCACUUCCAGGUCUCCCCUUCCUUUUUGUCUUUGUCUGAAUCUGCGACCGGGCCUUUGAGCUUGGCUCCAAGAGGCCCUUUUGUUGGGCCGGCUCACAUGAGCAGCCAAGGUGAGCAAACAAAAUGGCUCACCCUGUUUACUGCCACAGACCACCCUUCCAUCCCCCCCCCAAAACACACCAGCUCCAUUGGCACUCAUCAGCCACAGCUACUGUCUUGUUCAGAUUGGCGUGUCAUGCCAUGUCAGGACUGGGGACCCAGGGGAGGGGGAGGGGGAGGCUGGGUUCAAGGGCCAUUUUGACCUACCCUGCUUCCUCAUUCUUAACAGUGCAAUUAAAGGUGGUCUUGU